ACCCCCGCCCUCAGUCACCACCAACCCUCGAAUGGUUACGACGUUUCUCGUCGUUUUAUAUCAUAACCCUAUAUUAUACACGGUGUGUAAAAUUACAAUUAUGUUGACUGUAUAGUACUGUGCCAAGUGUUGGAUGUAUGAUUAUGAAGUGCAUGUGUGUGUGUCAGUGAUGUUCCAUACAUAAAUGUACUUACAAACAAAUACUCGUUUGGUGUGGAUUCUCUCCCAGGAUGUGCUUCACAUAAUGUUUGCGGACCACAUUCGGAUGCUUGAGGCAAUAUGAAUGUCAGAAAGAGUUUGGAUGUGAGGCUCAUCGCCUUAUGCACUACCUGCCUCCUGCUGCCCGCCAUCGCCUGCCCCUCACAAUGUAUAUGCAAGUGGAAGAACGGUAAAAGAUACGUCGAGUGCUCAGAAAAAGAUCUCAAAACAAUCCCAAACUCACUUGACCCAGAAACACAAGUAUUAGACUUCACAGGAAACGACCUGCAAGUUUUACAAAAAGAGACCUUCCACAAAUUAAACUUGCUCAAUCUUCAAAAAAUCUACCUACCAAGAUGUAGGUUGCAAAAGAUCGAUAACCACGCGUUCAAAGGUCUCGCGAACCUCGUUGAGUUGGAUCUCUCCAACAAUUACUUGACAGUCAUACCGUCGACCAACUUUGUUUUCUUCCCGUCACUAAUGAGGCUCUCGCUCAGCAACAACCCAAUAACGAGCAUAAAAACUCACUGCUUCCAACAUUUAUCGUAUUUGAAUACUUUGGAAAUGAGCGAUUGCAAAAUAGAGACAAUAGAGAGAGAGGCUUUUUCCGGACUCAACCACCUGGAGUGGCUGCGACUGAACGGCAACCGACUAUCAAAUAUUCAAGGUGAAAAUUUAUUCCCCGAUACGCUGCGAGGGAUCAACUUGCAAAAUAAUAAUUGGAAUUGUGAUUGCCAUCUCAGGGAUUUACAUAGUUGGUUGUUGAAUUUCAAUAUGCCGCACGCCGUUGAACCAAUUUGCUCCCUCCCUGAACGUUUGAGGAAACGGACGAUCGCGAGCGUCGUGGAAAACGAGUUGGCAUGCUUACCAAAAAUGAGCCCUACGUCCGUGUUCUUAGAGACUAACGUCGGUAACAAUAUAACCCUCGAGUGCUUAGUGAAAGCGAUACCCGAAGCGAAAAUAACGUGGUUAUAUCAGGGCCAGAUCAUUCAUAAUUAUUCGAGCAUGUUACCGGACGUUCGCGAUCUGUAUUAUGUGGAGAACGGCGUCACGGAUAAAAAGAGUGAAUUGUACAUAUUCAACAUUGGGAACGACGGGAACGGCACGUACUCGUGCAUCGCAGAGAACCCCGCAGGCAGGUCGCGAGCCAACUACACAAUACGAAUACUCGUGAAAGAGGAGCCCGUUGUGAUAGUGGUCACGUUCCCGCAGAGACACCUCGUAGUCAUAGUCACAGUAGUGUUUCUUAUUAUCAUCCUACUUAUAGCCAUUAUCGCAGUAGUGCUAUUGAAGUUUAAAACAGACACCCGGAGUCGCAAGAAAAAAGAAAGUGGCAAGGAUGUAGCACUAUGUAAUCAAAUCCUGCCUUCGAACCGCGGGAACGGGAUGCCUAAAAAUAAUGGCAGCGUCAUUGUUAACGCACACUCCCAUCACGCGCUGCACUAUACGGUACAAACAAACCGUGAUUACGACUCAACCGACGUGUAUCAAAGCAAUAACAUGAAAGGCUUUGUCGACAGGAACCCCGACCUAAUUAGCGACGCGGAAACUGUAGCUAACAAUGCGCAAAACGAGAACACAGUGUUAUCAGUAUACAAAGCGCAAACCGCGGGCGGGGACGGCUUCCAAGAGGAAACCGCAUUCACCGCGCCGACAAUACCCCGGCAGGUCACGUGGCAGGAUCAACAGACCAUCAACAUGCCGCAGAACACGAUCAACAACAUGUACCAGCACUCGGCGGAUGUCCAUCUGAAUCCAGGAUGCUUCCUCGAUAACGAAGGCUACCCGUACGACUACGGCCUGCCCAAACAUCCCUGUCGACCGCCAAUAAUGUCCAACUACUCAGUAGUCGGUCCGUUUUAUCAGACGCUGCCACAUAAUCGACCGAAGGGUCAGAAGCUUGUUUGUAAAUUCGCAAAAGAUACAGAGUUUAACGCGCCUACGCCACCCGCUUGUCCCAAUUUCGAGUUGCCGUUUGGGCCCGGAAAUGUGCGGCGUACUUUAGAAGGCUACCCCGUACCGAGAAACAGGCAGAUCGCGUUUGUCGGCAACGGUACGGUGUAUUACAACGAGGAGUUCGUGCCUUCUCCGCCAGAGGGCUACAAGACGGAACCAGUGCAGUGUUGUGCGCCGGCCGAGGCGUGUAGUUCGUGGGUGAACCCGAAGGGUACGUGUGCAGUGAUGGUGCCGAUGAGUGUGGCGGAGGGGCCGGGUCGGUGCUACCAGGUGGAGACCCGGUGCGUGGACACACAGACCACGGACGCUCGGAUGCCCGGCGAGGGCACCGAGAGUGUGCUCAAACCUUUACCGCAAGUGUCUAACGCGAAGUGUGCCGCUGACAUAUGUUCGGAAAGCCCCGAUGAGGGUUACGUCGGUGACGCUAACGAUAUCUGACGACGACGCCAGACCGAUAACGCUUAAACAGGGCAAUUUAGACGCUAACAAAGUGAUAAAGCGACUGAGUAUAAAGUAGUUUUGUAAAUAUAUGAGCUCGCGGCGGCGGCGAAUGAAGGCGGAACUCCAUUACUUAGCGAACGAUCCCGUUUGAUCCCUGUUUUGCAAUUUUGUAUAUUUUAUAGAGUAAGUCCGUUUGAAGCCGCCUUUGUUCGACAGUCGCCGGUGAAUGGUUAAACUAAUAUCAUUACCAACAUUUUAGUGGUUUUCAAUUAUGUGCAAGAAAUAAGCCUGUAUUUUGUAUUACUAACGAAAUGUCGAUAGUUGUUUUCAUUGUAAUCUGUUAUAUUAGUUGGUGAAUUUGUAUUAAAACAACAAUGAUUUCUGCCAUCCAUUCGUGUGUAUUCUAUUUCGUAACAUUUUGUAACACAACAUUCCAUGCUUGCAUAUUUGUUGUUAUAAAUUCCAUGAAAACAACACAAGCGAAUACAUUUGGCAAUAAUUCAAAUUGUAAACUCGUGUAAUUGGUGAGAAGAGAACGUAACGUAACAUUUGGGAAAACAAGUCAUUUUAAAUUAAAUCAAAACAAAGUAUACUAGACAAAAUGUUACUUAAAACAAGUUGUAUUUUUACUCAAUCUUAUGAUAAUUUAUAUAACCAAUCUCCGAAUUGUUAUAGACAUGUAAACGUUACAUUAUUAACAGACCUAACAUCAUUAUAAUAAAAAGCAUAAUGUAACAACAAUUUAUGUCUAGUGCAUAAUUUGUUGGCACAUUUAGAAAAUUUCUUUGCAUAGAAACUGUAUCAAAUAUUUUAGUAAUUUGAAGAAAAUUUCAUGUUUUUUGACUUACCUUGGUUUAGUAUGUAAUGUAUAAUGUAAAUACGGUGUAAAUAUUAGUAACGACUUACUUUCUGUAAAGGAUUACAUAAGUAGCUGAUGUUAAGUAUUAAAUUGAUAUCAGGGUAUCCCCUAACAAUAGAUGUGGUGUUUCGAUGACUUUUGUUUUAUAAAACUCUUUGUUUUAUUAUAUAGUAUUCGUUUAUUAUGUAGCGGCUUUGCCCGCGUUCCUGUGGGAUAAAAGUCUCUAUCUAUCUAUCACCCAAGUCAACUCAUACCCUGUCUGUAUACCAGAUUGCGAUAUGACAAACAUAAGUAGUUAAAUUAUAAUAUAUCUCAAUUUUGGGAGACCAAAUUAUCUGCGAAAAUUAAUAGCCGAUCUUAAUUCAAAAUUUCAAAUUUUUUUAUAGAAACAAAUGUCGAAUUUUGGGUUGAAAUCGGUUAGUAACUUAAGCCACAAUGGUUGGUUUAAGUUUUUUAAUGUAUUUAUCUAUUUUACUUGAUAAUUCCAUCAAAAAUGAGUCGGCAUGUCGAAAUAGGUCGGCAUUUUGGUGGAAAUUUCAUCUUUACUUAAAUCAAAUUCCAAAGUUCAUUUGAAUAAACAAACAGUUUUGAAAACAAAAAAUACUUAAAACCAAAAUAUUUUCGCCGACAAACAAUUGCCGGUAAGACUAGAAACAGUUUCAUAGUCUUUAUAGAGCAAACAAAGCCAUUUCAAUUUCCCGUGUAGACAAGAACAGGUCAAUCGAAAACUAGGCGCCGCCCGAUACAAUUGUAGCAAACCAAAAACUAACCGAUACAAUUGUAUUAAAAACAUUUGCGUUGUCUAUCUACGUACGCUUUGUCUAACUGAAGAGAGUAUUCAAUUAGAAUUUGGAUAGGAGCUUAGUACAGUUCUUUGAGAAAUUAGAGAGUUGUUAAAAAAUUUAUGCUGUGAUGAUUGUUAGGAAUGAUCUUAGGACUUUUUAUUGAACAAAAUUGUCUGGCGAUCGAAGAAAGUAUUGAGAUAAGUUUCUGAAAAUUUCACGGUAGUAUGGAGUCUGGAAUUCUGUCCGGUGUGUAUCAAAACACUCAUUCUUUAUUUUGUGAGACUCAUAAUACAACUUCUAUAAAGUACCUAAGUACGUGUUAAGUUCAUUAUAUAUCUGUACAUCUGCCUACCCCUUCUGGGAAAAAUGAGACGUCACAUUAUAUUUUCAAACAAUCUCUUUCAACUCUUUGAAUGUAAUCGAUUUUAACGCUACAUUAUUUGAAUAUGGAAAGUGCGUCAAAAUCGCUUAAACAACAUAAUUUGUUUACGUGCUACGUGUAAUGUGGAACGAGUCAAUUUCAAUAUAUAUUAUGUAUUAUGAUAAUGUAAGAUGUAAGCUGGCGUAAUGACUCAUUUCAAUAUUGUUAGUUUAAUGGUAAACGGUUUUGCCGUAGGUACGACAUACAUACGAGUAUAUUAAUCACGUAUAAGUGAUUAUUAAGUGAUCAUAAUACUAAAUAUUUUCCACACUAAUGAUGAUCGAAUAUCAAACCGAUUAAUAUAAUUUUUCAUCCUAAUUCUUAACAGCUAAAAAUUCAUUGGCCCAUGUUUCACCCAAAAUUAAUGCAAACCUGAAAUCGAACCAAAACCUCGUACUCAACAGUCCCUUCAGUAACCGCAUCCCAAAACUUUAUCAUCUUUCUAAAAACGAAAUAAUACAAAAAGGAGACCCAACAGUACAAUCGGCUCUUAAAUCGUGCGCCUCAAACAAAAGGCAUUCCCAACACAACCCGCCCAGAAAUUAACGAUAUUUAUGACAACGUAAACUUCUACCCAUAACCUUGAGUAAUUAUACGGGGUUUGGAUGUUAGCCAAACUCAUUAAUAAUACUCCUAACUAUUAAAGAGACACUUUAACUUAAUUUAUUCAUUAAUUAAUAGAGUAACAACCUUAAUUACUGGAUCAUAAGUUUGAUAUUUAUUUGGCAUAUAAUCUGAGAGUUUGGUCGAGUAUAACUGGAAGUUUGUUGAAGGAAAUGUUAUCGGGGUGCUUGAUGAAGGAAUGUGUAUAGGAAUAGAGAAUUAGAAUCAUCUUAGGUUUCCUCAAAAUCAUUUUAGCUCAAAACAUUGGUGCGGGCUUUUUGUUCUCAAAUACUUCAUUAUCCCAGGUUAUAAACAAUGACGGCUCCUCACAAAAUAAUUCAAAUCCCCGCAAUAUUUUUUAAAUCCCACAAACGCCAUUAAGAAAAAAGCAUCAAAAAGAGAAAUCCGCGACAAAUCCAUAACUAAAUGGGUUUUUAAGGGGACAUUUUCACAUUUUCUCAAGGAAAAAGUGACAGGUGAGUGAGAAAUUAAGUUAGAAAAGUUACAUCAGGAUAAAUGAGGAGCGGCUCAGUCUAAUGGCCAAUGAUUAUUGUAACUGUGAGGCCACGGUUCAAAGUUUCAGAGAUAACUGGGACUCUAUUACUCAACGUCGGAUCUCGUUAUGUGACGCUAAAGACUUUUACGAACAUAAUUGCUUCUUUUGAUGGCAGCAUCAGAAGUGAUUAGCAUUGAUUCAAAUUUUCAACGACUCCAUUAAAACAUUUUAAGCGUCAUCGAGUUUAGUAUGUUUUCUGUUAGUUGUAAUUGCGAAUGAUUUUGCUGAUAAUGUUGAUAUUGUUUUUUUAAUAUUAUUCUAUACAAUCAAGUUUUAAAUGGA